UUUGUCAUGAGAAAUAAAACGUAUUUGAAACAAAAAAAAAGCUCACUAGUCACACUCACAAAGUCAAUUUUUUAUACAGUUUCAAUGAAAUGAGAUUAUUUGCAAGAAAUGGAUUUACAAUAUUUCAUAUGUUCCAAACAUUUUGACUUCAUUCGCGGAUAAAUAAUAACCAUAAAAUGCGCAAAAUAUUCUCACACGAUAAUGUUUACGGGGCUAUCAUACUUUUGAAUUCGCUCGAGAUUUUAGGGUCUAAUUUUUGAUUCGAUUCAUUUUCCGAAAUUUCACUCCGCUGAUUAAAGAGAAAGGAAGUAUUCAUUAAUUUUUUAAAUUCUUAUUUCAAUUUGUUCUCGAAUUACGAAUUUCUGAAAAAUAUCAAUUCAGGUUUUUCAAAUGUGUAAAUCAAAAACGUAGGGAUCUUAGAAGGAUAUUUUAAGGAAGGAUAUGUCAACAUGGAAGCAAACUCCUUAAGACGUCUGCUUAAAUUCGGCUCCUAGGGACUUCGGGCCCAAGAAACCCGCUUUGGCACCGAAGCUGAAUACAGAGUAAUGUUGCCUCGGGAGUGGGGAGGCUCACAUUGCAGAGACUGCAGACUGGAGAGUGGCAGUCUCUGCGUGAAUGUAGUAAACAAAAGAUGGGCCCACGCCGCAGGAGAGUAGACGAACUUUUGUUGACUUAAUAUUGGAAAUCAGUUGAGCCUUCAACCGUCCAAGAAAAAGAUUGGAACAUCCUGCAGAUCGCGGCCAUGGCACUAGGAAGAUCUGAACCGAGUACGCUUCGCUUUUCAUAAAAUUACACGCUGCAAAAUUCUGGAAUCUUGGUAAAAACGAAGCAAAGAAAUAAAAAAUCAGCUGGACUGAAUCAAUUGUGAAAUUGAAAAGAAAGGGAAAAAAUGACAUUGACCGGUGUGAAAACAGCAGGUGUAGCAAGUGUUAUUAAAAUGCAUGAGAAUGUUAAGGAAAGGACGACGAAAGUUAUUGAUGUAAACAUAAAUGCAAACCUUACUGUAUCAAAUUCUAAGGGGUCAAAAUUUGCUGAAAAAUCACUCCUCUUCUGCGUUUUUUUUUUUACCAGCAUAUUCAUCAUUAUUCUUUUCACUGUAAGAAGAGAAUUACAGGCCCUUAAAUUUCAGGAACAAUGCAUAGAGACAAAAAUCGCCAUUCUGAUGUCCAAGUAUGAGAAAGUUAGCUCUCAACUGAAUCGUAUCCGUUCUUAUACAAAUUACAACAAGUAUCGACCUAUAACUAAUUCAUACAAAUCAGAGCUAAUCUUCUCUUCAAAUGACAUACCUCUUCGGUCGUCAAGUACCGACCAAGAAAAUUCAGGUCUUAAUCGAAAAGAGAAUAUCAUCUCAACUGUGACUGGAGACGAUCAUAAAAAUCAUAAAGAAUAUUCGAAAAACGCUUUGAUGAAAAGAAACCAAAGCAAAAUAAAUAAUCGUUUCAUAAGAACAAUAACAAAUGUCACAGAUGAGAAUGACAAUCCAACAUUGGAAUACGUACAACAAAAUUUUGCUGACACAUUGAGCUUGAAUACAGACAGAGAAAAUAAUGAGACAAAGAAUGUGAAAAAUGAUGAUAAUAUUGGUCUGUGGAGCGAAGCCAGGACAAGAAUCAGAAGAGAUAAUGAAAGGAGAGGUAAAAUACGGACAAAGAACAAAAGGCGGCCCAACCGCAGUCGCAGGCGAUUGGGACCGUUAGUGGCAACAUUCGUUGGAGCCAUUCCGGAGCAGCACAUAACAGACCAAGGUAGUGUAAUUGGUCCAUGGGUGAAGCUUACCAAAGACACAUCAAAUUACGAUCUUCAAAGAUUCCACUUAACAGAAAAUAGCAAAUCGAUUGAAAUCACCGUGAAUGGAUUGUAUAUGAUAACAGCGCAGAUGUUCUACUUUGGUAAGCACACCAAUUACUCGUACUGGAUUCUGGUCAAUUCGGAAGGUGAAUCGCGGACCCAAAAAAUUACAAAAUGCUCAGCGGUUGCAAGUACAUCCGCCAACGAAGUAUCUUGCCAUACAAAUGUCGUUUUACCUUUAAGGAAGGGUGACAGAGUGCGAAUUCAACAAGAAGAACGUGAUCGACUCAUAAAUUUACGAGAAGGACUCAGUUAUGUACAGCUGGUUUUACUAUCAAAUGAAGCUGACAGGAAACGAAGAGAGCUUCGAAAGAGUCCCGCAAUUGAAUAAUAAAUGUACAAUGUAACAGUGUGAGAACAAGUAACUGCAAACUAAUCGGACGAAAUAAGAUGAACAUUACAAUAUCAUCAAGAAUUGAAACCUCGUAACGAUCAUUGUUAGUAUUGGUUCUGUUUUUUUUAACGGACACACAGUUAAUGUUACACAUAUCUAUUUUAAGUUAAAUGCUCAAAGAUUUUUAUUGUUACCAUUGUUCAAUAUGCAGACUGUGACAAUAGUAUCCAUGAUCUCAACUGAUUUUGAUACUGCCAUUUUUAAUAGUGAGAUUUAGGCAUGAACGAAAUUUUCUCAAUGCGAUUUUUAGUUAGCAAGUACGAAUAAUACUAUAUGUAUUUAGUUGUUUAUCAAGAUUACUUGAUAUUAUAUAAUGUUUGAACCGAAGAAUGUCAUAAUUAGCUAUCAGCAAUUAUAAGAGUGGCGACUUACUUUCAAGGAUUAUUUUAGUUGUAAGAAAACUAUGUACUCCAAUACCUCCAUUUGUAUAGACCAUUGCUCUUUUUUUCAUUACCACUAACAAUAAUUAAUGACGUGAUUUAAAAUAAAGUCAACAAAAGUAUGAUAACCAUAGAUGCAUGUGUGAA